AACAAAACACAGUCAAGAGCAGCACUCCUUCACCUAAUGAAGGAUAACAAAGGGAUUCUGAAGGUGUGAGUGGUCUGAUCUAAAACCUGGGCCAGUCCUCAGACAAGUUUCAUGUGCCUCGUUUCACAGUUUCAUCAAUUCGAGAGACACAGUGGCGUGCUGGUCAAGUGAAAUCACAGCCGCCCCGACUGACAAGCUGUGGGGAGAUUUGUAGCGUCCUCCACAAAUUGCUCCUUGGUGAUUGGUGGACUGUUUCAGGUGCCGCUCCAAUCCGGAUCCUCCAGGACGCCGGCCAGAAGUGGGAGGGGCACCCUGCUUAACAGGCCAAAAAGGUUAUGCAUACAAAAUGGGGGCAGAGGUCGGCGCCGGCCGUAACAAAAUCAAACAAAUCCCAGCACAUUUGCACCUUCAUGUUGCCAUGUUCCUCUGCACAUUACUGGUAACAAAUUGCACAUACUUGCACUAUUGUAUGUACAUUCUAUAUAUUUAUAUACCUUUUUUUGCAUUGGUAUUACUUAUAUUUUAUAUUCUGUAGGGGGGGGUCGUGAUACCUGCUGAUGAAUUUCCCAGUUUGGGAUCAGCGCCCAGCUCCAGAUGAACACAACUUGACUGCUGCAGUCACCUGCUUAGCAAGGGCCACAACGCUCUGCCACUCCAACAGCUGGUAUAAAUUAAUGAUUAAUCAAAUCAAAAUAACUGGAUUGUUGUGAAGGAACGAUUUGAUAAGUCAUUAUUUUAUUGUUGGGAUUAUGGAUUUUGGCUUUGUUCUGGUUCACUGGUUGCUGCUCAGAUGGCUUGUGUGUGUUCCCCUCUGCUCUCUUCCCUGACAGUGUGUGCUGCUGGCUGGGUAUGCCCUCCGUUUCCUGAUGCUUUCUGCUAGUCAUUCCACAAACCGAUUUCUCAUCACUACAAUCCUCUACUCACCUGCCUCAGUACUUAAGUGCCAGUGGGACCAUCACUUCCCCACCAGAACGUUGCCAUACCAAGUGGCAUUGUUGCUUGAUUGGUUAUUGAGAGCUUCUACAAUGAGACAUGGAACAGCAGGUUUUCAGAGCCCAUCCCUCAGACAACGCUAACAUCUCUUUGGUCGCUCUCUGUGGCCAUCUUCUCGGUGGGGGGAAUGUUUGGCUCCUUCUCUGUUGGCCUCUUUGUUAACCGAUUUGGCAGGAGGAACUCCAUGCUUAUGGCCAAUGUACUCAUCUUUAUUGCUGCUGCGUUUAUGGGAUUCUCCAAGCUGGCUGUUUCCUUUGAGAUGCUCAUAAUUGGCCGUUUCAUAGUGGGUCUCUACUCUGGUCUUUCGACUGGCUUUGUGCCCAUUUAUGUUGAAGAAAUCUCACCCACAUCUCUCCGUGGAGCACUGGGCACUCUGCAUCAGCUUGGUGUAGUGAUUGGAAUUCUCAUGGCACAGAUCUUUGGAAUUGAAUCUUUCAUGGGGAAUGCCUCCCUGUGGCCCCUUCUGUUGGGUUUUAUUCUGCUGCCAGCAGUGCUGCAGUGUGUCCUGCUGCCCUUCUGUCCUGAGAGCCCCCGAUACCUCCUCAUCAACUGCAAUGAGGAGAGCAAAGCCCACAGCAUCCUGAUGAAGCUGCGAGGCACUGACGAGGUGAGUGAGGACAUGCAGGAGAUGAAGGAGGAGAGCCAGCAGAUGAAGAGGGAGAAGAAGGUGACCAUCCCAGAGCUGUUCCGCUCCCCCCUCUACCGCCAGCCCAUCUUUGUUGCCAUCAUGCUGCAGCUCUCACAGCAGCUAUCAGGAAUCAAUGCUGUGUUUUACUACUCAACUGGGAUCUUUCAGCGAGCGGGUGUGUCUCAGCCAGUCUAUGCAACCAUUGGUGCAGGAGUGGUCAACACUGCCUUCACCGUGGUCUCUUUGUUUGUGGUAGAGCAAGUUGGCAGGAGACCACUUCAACUCAUUGGUUUGAUGGGAAUGGCAAUUUCAGCUAUUUUUCUAACUGUUGCCAUGGCGUUGUUGGACCAACUCAGAUGGAUGUCCUAUGUCAGCAUUGUAGCCAUAUUCAGCUUUGUAGCAUUUUUUGAAAUUGGCCCUGGCCCCAUCCCGUGGUUCAUUGUUGCCGAGCUCUUCAGCCAGGGACCCCGGCCUGCUGCCUUUGCAGUAGCUGGUUUCUCUAAUUGGUCCUGCAACUUCUUAGUGGGGAUGUGCUUCCAGUAUGUUGAGCAACUCUGUGGUCCAUACGUCUUCAUCAUCUUCACCAUCAUGUUGCUCGGCUUCUUCGUCUUCACCUACUUCAAGGUGCCAGAGACCAAGGACCGCACCUUUGAUGAGAUUGCAGCUGGCUUCCGCCAGACAGGUGGUCUGGGUGCUGACAAGUACUUCGCCGCUGAAGAGUUCAACACCCUCAGGGGAGAUGACCCUGACCUUUGAAAGCAGCCAUACUGUAUAUGCACACUCACAUGAAACAAAGUUACACCUGAGGUAACCUGUUAGAACACUAUCAAUGUCAAAUAUUCAAUAAACUAAUGUUAAGUUAGAUAUUACACAGAGGUGAAAUCUUUAGACAGACUGUAAUAUAAAGAUGGAUAACCUGACUGAGGACAUCACUGUUAGUUACUUUGGGAUUAGUCUAUAGCCAAGGAAGUCUAUUUUAACACUUUCCUUGUAGACUGGCAUCACUAGAAAAAUUUGCAAAUUGCAUAUAGUUCGGAAACCUCUGUGUUCACAUUGCAAUGUCAAAGGAGUGUUAUCAAAGGUUGCAGAUCAAAAUGCUUCUGGACGCAAUUGGAUGGACUAACCAACAAACAAAUCAGAGCAAUUCAACCUGUGACAGAGUGUGUAAAUAACUACUGUAAGUGUAGUUAUUUGUGCUUCUUUGUGAGAAAAUACAAUACUACCUGCACCAGUGCUCGUCCAACAGGCAUCAUAUCAAACCUGACCCAUUUUAGAUACAUGGUUUUGAUUGGCCUGCUGUGUCUCAGGGCAGAUGGAAAUUGAUCUUUGGAAGGGGGGUGCUGAUUGGUCUAGUUGUCAGGAUAGUUAUUAAAUGGAGUCAAUGACAGGAAAGAGUAACCUCUGUCACGUGAUGCAUCAAAACAAGAACAUAUUUCAAACACUCAUUUAAGUACAGUAGUACACUUUUUUAAAAAUAAUUUCUUGUUAUUUCGUUAGAAAAAAACAAUUAUUUAAUUCUCUCAUUUGUUUUAUUCAUAUCAUUAUACUUUCAUUUCUUUUAAUUUUCAAUUUCCAUAUUUUUCACUGGUCAGAGCGUCAUGCCUGAAGAGUUGGGGAGUCAUAUAUUGUAGUUUAUGUAUAAUCAAUUAACCUACAGAUGUCAACAUCCCACUUACAAUAUUCAGUUACAUUUCUAUACAUAGUGUAUUCCUAUAUUCACAACAUCCAAUUUGAAUGAGUGUUUACUUAUCAAAGGCAUCUUUUGUGUAAUUUUUUUUUUCUGAGCUGUAUUCAAAAGAUUUGGUGUUGCAAUGAAACUGCUUCUUCACAUAGAGCUGAAGAUUCAUACAAUAAUACAUGAAAUGCAAAAGUUACUAAAUUUUCUGUCUGCGAAACUCUACAACAGACAGAGAGAAUGCAUGAAUGGUGCUAUGAUCUGUAUAUUAUGUAAGUGAUGGAUCCAGCCGAUUACCUGUACAGUUUUGUAGAAAAUAAAUGAAAUAAACCCAA